CAGCGAUGCUCCUGAUGAAUUCACUGCUGCUUUUCUGGUUCAUGGCAUGGCCAUAGGUCAAACCAGUCUUACAGCCACUGUCAUUGACAAACAUGGAGAGAGAAUCAAUUCACCUCCACAGCAAAUUGAAGUCUUCCCUCCAUUUAGAUUAAUACCAAGAAAAGUCACAUUACUUAAAGGUGCAGUGAUUCAGAUUAUUUCUGAAGGCGGUCCCCAGCCUCAGUCCAACAUAAUCUUCUCAAUGAGUGACACCCAAAUUGCCUCAGUGAACAACAGUGGUCUUGUAAUAGGAAUGGUGAUUGGCAACAGCACUCUAACAGGAAUGGUUCAAGCUGUUGAUGCAGAGACUGGCAAAGUUGUCGUGGUAUCCCAGGCCAAAGUUGAAAUUGAGGUAAUUCAACUUCAGUCAGUUCGAAUCCAUGCACCAGUUACACGAAUUAAAACUGGUACUCAGAUGCCAGUAUAUGUGAUGGGUAUUACCAGUAAUCAAACUCCUUUUUCAUUUGGAAAUGCAGUUCCUGGAUUAACAUUUCAUUGGUCUGUCACUAAAAGAGAUAUUCUGGAUGUAAAGGCAAGACACAGUGAGACAUCUCUUCAUCUUUCAGCUCAAUAUAACUUUGCCAUGGAUGUUUACAGUAAGGGAAAAGGAAGAACAGGCUUGAAGGUUAUUGUGAAAGCCCUUGAUCCUUCAGCAGAACAAUUUUGCCACAUGGCAAGAGAAUUGUCAGAUGAAAUACAGAUACAGGUAUUCGAGAAAUUAGUGAUUCUUUUUAUAGAAGCAGAGCAGAUCUUAAUGUCACCAAACUCCUUGUUUAAAGUUCAAACAAACAGUGACAGGGUGGCAUCUCUGAGUUACCGUAUACUGGAUGAUCAAGACAGGAUUCCUGUUGUACAGAUUGAUGAGAGAGGCCUUCUUCAUUCUGGAUCCCUGAUAGGACUGUCAACAAUGGAAGUAAUUUCACAAGAGCCAUUUGGAAUCAACCAAACCCUUAUUGUUGCUGUCAAGGUAGCUCCUGUUUCCUACCUUAGAAUAUCCAUGAGUCCAGUUCUCCACACAACAAACAAUGAAGCAUUAAUGGCGUUACCAUUGGGAAUAACCAUGACCUUGACUAUCCACUUCCAUGAUAACUCUGGAGAUAUCUUCCAUGCACAAAAUUCUGUGGUCAAUUUUGCAACAAACAGAGACGACUUUGUACAGGUUGGGAAAGGAGUGUCCAACAACACACUCAUAAUCCGAACAAUGAAUGUAGGGCUAACAUUGCUAAUGGUUUGGGAUACUGAGCACAGCAAUAUUGCAGAUUAUGUGCCCCUUCUUGUUCAAUACGUCAUCUAUCCUGAACUCAGAGACAUUGUUGUAGGCGAUGUCAUUUGCUUCAGUUCUUCACUAAUAAACCAAGAAGGUUUGUCAGGGAUGUGGAGUUCUUCUUUAAAUGGUGUUCUUCAAAUUGACCCAAAGACUGGAGUAGCUGUAGCUAGGAAUUCUGGGACAGUUACAGUAUAUUAUGAGAUCCCUGGCCUACUGAAGACAUACAGAGAGGUGUUGGUUAAUGUACCACAGAAUAUCAUAGCAUCACAUGGAAGUAGAAUGAAAAUGAACUUGGAGGAUAGCCCAUCUUCAAGAGUUAUUGUCAAAAUUGGGCACAGCAGCAAAAAUAUGAAAGGGGAAUGUUCACCUGCCCAGAUUAAAGUAAUUGAAGAAAUGAAGCCUCAGUCUAGUAUCAGUUGCCAUCUUCAUUUCAACAAUAAUUUAUUUGAUUUCCAAGCCUCUGAAAUUUUCAAAGUAGAACCUGGGUUUGAUGCAUUAUCAGGUCACUAUACUUGUUCCAUCACAAUGCACAGAUUUCCUGACAAACAACUAAAGCAACUGAGUACGAGCAAAACUGUUCUGGUUGUAACUGCUUCAGUCCAGAAUGGCCAUUUCUCUACAGAGCAGAUAAGUGCUGAAGUGCCCUUCAAUCCAGGAUUCUAUGCUAAUGAGACUGAAAUUAUCUUGAGUAAUUAUUACCCAAAUUCUGACGUGAAAAUUUUUGGAACCACUGAAAUUCUUGAAAACCUUGAGGUAAAUAAUGACAAAUACUGGUAA